AUGGCUCCGUGUCUUGUCUACCUGAGCGCAUCUCCGCUCAAAUUGCGCCGUCUCCUGUGGCCGUUUCCAUGGUAUUUCGAGCCACCACCUCGGCCUGCUGUGGCGGAGCUCGAACGAGAUGGAGCAAAUUUCCAAGGCUUACAGCAGCAAGGCAUCAGGCAGCUCCGUCAAAUGCCUCUGUUUCGCAUGUGCGAUACGUGGCUCUGUUCACUUUCUCGUCGCUACGCGGGUAUCUGUUGUGGUGAUCUGAUCCAAAUGAGCUACGAGUGCGAGUAUUUCUUCUUCCACGGCGAAUCGUCCUGGCGGCUCUGUCGCGUUCGAGACCCUAAGGACCCAGACCCCGUCACCUACGCCGUACUCGCCAGCAUGGUCGAAGCACUGGUCGAGGCGUUCAAUUGGCGCCUAGAACUAGGACUCCGGCGGGAUAAAUCAAUCGACUCUUCCGAGAACAGAAGUACCAGCUUCGAACGCGAAGAGGCGCCGACCUGGACCGCUGCUGUCAAGGCUCUACCUGAGACUUUGUAUCUCGACAAAGUUGAAACAGGGUCCCUGGAUAGCUCUUUCUUGAAGAGGGAUAUCCGGGCUCCCAAGGGAUAUUUGUACACCGUGUGA